AUGAAGCACUUAAUCUAUUGGGCUCUUAUUCCAAUAGUAGGAACCAUAGCUAUUGCAGUCACCGUUUUCACCUUGGUCAUGUACGGAAACUGCGCCAUUUUCUCACAAUCAGCUCCUUCGGGGCCGACGAGCCGUAAAAGUUUGUCGGCUCGACUAGACCUAAGCCCUUAUUCGGCUUCAUCGUUCAAGUUCAACAAGGAAUUAUGGUUGGCUCGAACCGUUGAGUCGAACCGAGAGGACGGAACGGAGUGUGUGGUGUGCUUGUUAGGGUUCGAAGAUGACGAAGUGGUUCGACAGCUUCAUCGAUGCAAGCACUCGUUUCAUGCUCCUUGUAUUGAUAAGUGGAUGUACUCGCAUUCAAUUUGCCCGAUUUGUCGAACCCCCGUCGACCGACGGGUAGCUCGUGGUGAUGAUUUUACGUCGGACGAUAACUCAUUGUGCAUGGGAAUAGAGGGUGUCUCAUCUAUCUCAUCACCUUAA